GAAAAGUGAAGCCGGACUGGAGGACUACCCCCGCCUCGAAUACCCCAGAUUUGAUUCGCCAACAAGGGGGUGACUGCAUUUUUGUGAGAUUAUAAAUGUACCAAGGAGGUUAACAAAACUAACUCAAGAAGAAUGGAAGAAGGUCAGCUGGAAGCCUCAAAUCUUCCUCCAAAAAUUUGGCAUUCUGAGGUGACAGUGGCAGUGACAGAGGAACCACCUACUGCUAUAGAAGAAAAUGAAGAAACAGCCAAAGAAACAGCCGUAGAAAUCAUCCCAGAAAUCAUGGAGCCACUCUCCUUUCUAGAUGUACUGAGGAUCUCUGCAGUUCUGGAGGACACCACAGACCAGCUCUCUAUUCUAAACUAUAUCAUGCCAGUUCAGUAUGAAAAAAGAAAAAGCGUCAGCAUGAAGAAUAACAAAGAAAUACAUUUAGAAGGAAAAAGCUUAGAAAAACCUUCACUGGUCUCAAAACCCUCAAAAAUAUCCAGUCCAUUCGUACAUAAAGAAGAGCCCAAGUUGCCAGAAAUCAGACAAGGAGGCCAGUUUAACAAAGUGCAAGAUCUUAUCUUCAAAAAACCUACAAGGCAGACCAUAAUGAAUACAGAGACACUGAAGAAAAUUCAGAUUGAUAGGCAAUUUUUCAGUGAUGUAAUUACAGAAACCAUGCAGGAGUUGCAAGAUUCAGGCACUUUCACCAAUCUCCUGAAAGCUUUGGGCAAAGAAAGGGAAAACAAAAUGCAUUUCUAUAAUAUCAUUGCCAGGGAGAAAAAUGGAAGAAAAAAGAUAAAAUCUCUACAAAAACAGCUACUUAAUGUCAAAAGAGAAAGGCAAGCUGAAGUACAGAGUCGGCAUGAAUAUAUUGCUCACCUCAAGGACCAGUUGCAAGAGAUGAAGGCAAAAACCAGCAUGGAGAAUCGCUAUAUGAAGAGAAACACUGAGCUGCAGAUUUCCCAGACCCAGAAAAAAUGUAGCAAAACAGAGGAGCUCUUGCUGGAAGAGAUUGAGAAACUAAGGCUGAAAACUGAAGAAGAGAACCGGAUUCAUGCAGAGAUUGAAAUAUUCCUUAGAAAGGAGCAGCAGAAACUUGAGGAGAAGCUAGAGUUCUGGAUGGAGAAAUUUGAUAAGGACACAGAAAUGAAACAGAAUGAACUAAAUGCUCUCAAAGCUGCUAAGGCCAGUGACUUAGCACACCUUCAAGAACUUGCAAAGACGAUAAGGGAAUAUGAACAAGUCAUCAUUGAAGAUCGUAUAGAAAAGGAGAAGACCCGGAAGAAGAUAGAACAGGAUCACUUGGAAUUAAAGAGCAGCUUAAAGCUCCAGGCCUGGUGGCGAGGCACUGUGGUACGGAAGGAAAUUGGUGGUUUCAAAAUGCCCAAGAAGGACAAAGAUGACGGCAAGGAUUCAAAAGGUAAAGGUAAAGGCAAAGACAAGGACAAGCGGAGAGGCAAGAAGUGACCAAGUUAUCUUCUGUCUUUUCUGCUGGUGUUCUGGAGGUGGGAAGGAGGACCUGAAGGGAGUAAGAAACAUCUUUUACCAUCACAUAUAACUCAUCUACAGGUUGUUUCUUAUUUGGACAUUCCCAGGUGAGGCCUGGUUAUACUAGGUCACCUUGACUGUUAUACUAGUUUUCAAACCCUGAAUUAGGAUUAUACUGUGGAUUCAGAGCUUCUUCAUAACUUGAAAAAAAAAUUGCUGGGAAGAAAUAUUUCUAGGAGUCUUGUGAAGAUUCCUCUUGCUCUUUCUCACCAGAAAAAAAAGUACAUAAUCCUAGUUAUAGUGAUACAUUAAAAUUUCAGUAAUUCCUGUAA